AUGAUUAAAAUUCUCAAAUUGCCCACUUCCUCUUGUUUCACUAUCCCCUACCUGGUUUCCCUUAUGUUCUUUACCCCUUUCGAUUCCUCAAACUGUUUUAAUGCGGGGUUUGCUCAACGGGCUUCAGGCGUCGUUGUCUUUCAUGUGUUCUUUAUUUUGCUAUUUUUUUCCCUCUUCACGUCCAACAAAACACACCCACUCGAGCGCGAUCGGCCAACUGCGACCGACCCGGAAAUUAUGGCACCUCUUACGGUUAUUCAUGUCGUCCAUCUCUCGCUCGAUGAUGUGUCUCUUUUUGUCUUUUCGCGACUCAAAACUUCGGGAAACUCUAGCGGCAAGGAAGAAAACAAAUAUCGCUGUAAUUCGGUUGUCUUGUGGAACCAGCAUUCUCGAACUGUUCGCCUUAUGCCCACCAUUCUCCAGUAA